UGAGGAUACUAUCGUAUCUGAAGAAACGAGCAUAUCUAAAUCAUACAAAGAUACCAAUCAAUCUUCAGUUAAUGACAUCUCCACUGAAAUAAGAAAUCCUAACGAUGUCUCUACUGAAACUUUAAAUUCUAACGAUACUCAUGAACAGAUAAUCUCACGUAAUGUGGAGUCUAACACAUCUAAUUUGGAUAUAUACCAGGAAUCGGUAACCCCCAUAUCUCUUAAAGAAACCAUAUCAUUGGAAGAGAAGGAAGAAAAUGAAUUCCUGGAUUCAAAGCAUAGAGAAACAGUUAGAAAAGAGAUAAUCGAAAAUAUCAAGAAGUCGUCUCGGGAUCAAGAGUUACUCUCAACUCCUGAGAAUACUAUCCCUAAGAUUUCUAUAUCACCGAAUAAGAAUGUUCCCAUAUCCGAAGCAGAGAAGUCAUUACUUAAUAAAGAUCUAAAUAUUCAAGAUACAAAGCUUUCUUCUUCUGAAUCUAAAUCGUCUAUUAUCUUUUCAUCCAAUCAGAAACAAAGUGCUAUUUCUUCCGAAAUAAAAAUUCCCUAUAAUCAAAAGGUUGAACAAGGUUUAAUAAGUGAGUUAUCUACAUUUAUUAACAAGAAAAGCCUUUCGAAUUCCAUACCUGAUAGACAAAUUCUUGAAAACAUGCUAGAUGGAGAUGAUUCAACUUCAGGUUCUGCAUCACAUUUGGCCCAUUUAUUCGACAAGGCUAAAAAAACUGGCCAGAAAGAAAUUUUAC